UCACACUCCACACUGCCCUCCACACUCAGACUCCCCUGACUCCCUCCCUGAUAGACCAACAGUGUAGUUGUCAUGCUGUCAUUCAGUCUGUGACCUGUUGUAACAAUGUGUUACCUGGUUCUAUUCUUUCUCCUCUGCUCCGGAACUCUUCUGUCUAUUACACUCAUAGACUACUACCAACACCAAAGAGAUGAGUUCCUGGACUCUGUUCACAAGAGUUUGCAGUGCAAGAGACUGAGAGAGAAACUGGUGACCAUGACUACUAUGAAACAAGUAGACAUUGGAUUGUUCUCUCAGGAGGUGAGAGAGCUGAUGGACUGUCCUUGGAGACUCAACCUCACACACAGAGAACUACACAGGACAGAGUUGUGGGCAUGCUGUAACGCGUCUGAUAGGCUGAUGGUGACCAGACAGAACACCAAUCAGAACCAGAGUCUGACCUACGAGGUAGAGAGGAUGAAGAGGAAGGUGGACCAAGCACUAUGGGAGAUGCUGCCUCAGACCGUACCCUGGAGUAAAGGUUCGUUGAGUCGUUGUGCCGUGGUGGGAAGUGGAGGAAUCCUGCAGAACAGCAGCUGUGGAGCGGAAAUAGAUCAUGCUGAUUAUGUCAUCAGGUUUAACCUGGCUCCUAUCAACAAGAGUUAUGACGUGGGAGUGAAGACAGACCUCAUAACAGCCAAUCCUACCCAGAUCAUUAAAGGGUACCCUGACCUCCAGCGGAACCCUGGACCCCUGGCGGAAGCCCUGUCAGUCUACGGUCAUGCCCAUCUACUUCUCCCAGCCUUCUCCUUUGCUUUUGGGACUAGCCCCUGCUUCAAGGUGUACCGUGCCCUCCGUAAGGCCCGGGCCCAACAGGAAGUGGUGUUCUUCCACCCAGACUACCUGUUUGAGCUGGGCAGGUUCUGGCGUCGUCGAGGGCAACGAGCCCCACGGCUCUCUACUGGUCUGAUGCUGGCCAGCACCGCUCUGGAGAUCUGUGAACAGGUUCAUCUGUACGGCUUCUGGCCCUUCCCUCUGGAUCUAUCCCAAAAUACUUUGCCCCAUCAUUACUAUGACAACGUUGGUCCAAGUCACUUCAUGCACGCCAUGCCUGAAGAGUUCCUGCUGUUACUACAACUCCACAGCCAGGGGGCGCUACAGCUACAUGUUGGACCCUGUACAGGCGGAUCAUUCGGGGCCGGAACAAAAUGAUAAUAAUUUAUACAGUGAAAAUUGACCACAACUUAACCCCAAAAGAUGUUGUAUUUGAAAACAAUCAUAAUUUCAUCAAAUCAAAUUGAUUUAUAAAGCCCUUACAUCAGCUGAUAUCUCAAAGUGCUGUACAGAAACCCAGCCUUUAAACCCCAAACAGCAAGCAAUGCAGGUGUAGAAGCACGGUGGCUAGGAAAAACUCUCUAGAAAGGCCAGAACCUAGGAAGAAACCUAGAGAGGAACCAGGCUAUGAGUGGUGGCCAGUCCUCUUCUGGCUGUGCCGGGUGGAGAUUAUAACAGAACAUGGCCAAGAUGUUCAAAUGUUCAUAGAUGACCAACAGGGUCAAAUAAUAAUAAUCACAGUGGUUGUCGAGGGUGCAACAGGUCAGCACAUCAGGAGUAAAUGUAAGUUGGCUUUUCAUAGCCGAUCAUUCAUACUUUGAUUACUUUGAGACAUGACCUUUAUUCAUGUGAAUACUUGGGAACAGAUUUUCUAAAUUAAACAAUCUUUUUUUCCUAAA